UCUAUCAAAAUUUAGGCAAUGAGUGCUAAGGGUACCCAAGUUCAAGCCAAAGUCAAGCAAUCCUCAACAAAACCGGGACUAUGUCCAUGGCUAUGUAACCUAGUUCCCAAAAAUGUGCCUGGUCCGGGAGCUGCACAGUCUGUCUUGCACCCAAGAAAGGAUGUUUUUCUAUUAAAGGUAGCAAAAGUAGGUCCUAAUGGUGACCGGCGCUGCAAGAUGGAGUUAGAACUCGUGACGCCCAAAGGUCCCGAUAAAAGAAGCCCAUUUCGUUACGACACUCGAGAGACUCAAUGCGAACCAGAACCGGCCCCUUGCUGCUGUGUAAAACAAAAGAAGAAGAAAAAAUAACUUCAUUAGUUAGUUUAUCUCAAACGUUAUUCAA